AUGGCCCUGGCUCUGGGAUUCCCGCCGGCCGAGGCCGAGGAAGAGCCGGACCGAGCUCCGACUGAUGCUGAGGAGGUGGCACCGCGGACACCGUGGGAGGCGUGCCACGCCUGGUCGUCAGCGGGAUCCCGUCUCUGCCUGGGUGCUGUGGCAAGUCGGGCUGCCCCGGGCGCGGAGAGCUCGGGAGGGGGCUUGCGUCGCCAUCGGCGCAUCGACCGGCAGGAAGACCCAUUUCUCGGGGAUGCCGUGCCAUGA